UCUGGCUUCACGCCGCUGGUGACCGUCGUUGGCUUCCACCAUGCGCGAGGCCCCGAGGUCGAGAGCUGGUUUGGCGUCGAGGAGGGCGUCGACCCGGCCGCCAAAUAUGGAUGGAACUUGCUGCCGUUCAUGGCCCUGAGCGAUGGAGCGCAUGCGUAUGUCCACGGCUCUUUGUCCAGCUCCGAGGAGGACUUUUCCUACUUUACCCUGUUGCGCCCCGAGACCGACGACGGACCGGCGACAUCCCUCUUUGGCAUAUCAUGUACUCGCCAGCUCGACUCGUCCCAGCUCAUCAACCGGCCUGCCGACGUGACUCGCUCAACCGUGCAGAAAGCGGUUGUCGUCAUCGCAGACAGCCCCCAGUUCUUUGGCAUGCUGAGACAGCGCCUCAGCAUAGUCACCCAAGCAUGGUUUGCCCAGCGCGAGUUUACAGACGUCGACAUCCUGCGCGGAUUCCAGGAAAGCCUUGCGGAUGAAAAGGCGCGAGGAAUCUUGCAGGAGGAAGCGCAGAGAGACCAGUACCUCGGCAUGAGUCUGCGCGAGCUGAUUCACGAGUUCAAGUGGCAGGCUCUGGUGCUCCUCAAAUGCUGUCUUCUUCAGCCCAAGAUGCUCUUUUUCGGAUCGCGGUGCGAUCGGCUAUGCAUGGUCCAAUUUUCCCUCAUUUCCUUGAUACCCGGACUCAUUCGUAACCUCCAAGACUGCGCCGAUCCCGAGUUGAACAGUUACGAGAAGAAGCUCGCACAGCCAACGAGUCUGCAGAGUAGUAACCGCAACUCGCUUCUGACCUUUAUGGGGCUUCCCCUGCAGAUAUUUGGCAAGGGAAGCAUCUUUGGCCCGUAUACGCCCCUACAGCAACUCGAUCUGCUGGCCGAUGUCGGCACCAAAUCCUACAUCGUCGGCAGCACCAAUUCCCUACUUCUCCAGCAAAAGGACCGCUACAGCGACAUAAUCAUUAAUCUCGAUGACGACACCAUCAGCAUUACAUCGCCUUCACUGAGGACGGCACUGUCUUUGACUGCGGCGGACAGGCGAUGGAUCGACUACUUGACUCAGGAGGUCAACAAUACGUGGGACGAAUCCAACCCCGGCACGCCAAAGACGAUGCAGUACGCGGGAAGCGAAGAAUACAUCCGGGCGCAGUUCGAAUCCUACAUCAUCGGCCUCAUCUCGUCCGUCAAAUUCCACAACUAUCUCGUCAAAAACGCCGCGACCGGCCGCAAUACGGCGGAGAGCGACCCGGCCGUCGACUUUGGCCUCGACUGGGUAGAGGCAUGGCAGCGCACGGAAAACUACCGCAUGUGGGACGCGCACACCGAUACGAACCUGUUCGCCGUCUCCGAGCCACGGCACCCAUGCGCCGGCGGCCUUUCCAUCGAGGACGUGCAGAGACGCAUUGCAGAGCAGGUCAAGGAGCUUCACCUCGACGAGCGCCUCGCUCAGGGCCGCGAUAUCCUGGGGCGCAACUUUGCCGCCGGGAAGGAGAAGGCGUCGACGAUGCUCAACCGGCUGUACAACGACAUGGAGCAGAUGCGCGAGGCGCAGCGCCGCCGCGCCGAAGAAAACGCCAAGCUCAACGAAGCAAACGGCGGCGGCAGCAAGCGGAACAGCAUGGCUAGCGGUACCAGCGUGGACGCGGCAUCAAAGCCCCAGCAGGAGACUGUGAGCAGCCGGGCGAGCGCGUACAUGGCCAGCUGGGCGUCGUGGGCGGGCGAGAAGCGGCGC